AUGGCUACUACACCUGGCUCGCCUCUUCCUCCUCCUCCUCCUCCUCCUCCUACAAACCCAUCAGUGUCUCCAUCUACCGUGAAGCGGACACGCAAAGCCACACGACUACGAUCCUUGACCACUAGACCACCUGGGGCAAAGAGACCAGUGGUCCACGUCGAUCCUGUGACUGGCAAGGCCAAUUGUCCCCAAAAGAAGAAAUUAAGAAUAUACUUGGGGAUUGUCACUCGUGAUAAGGUCGACGUGACAUACGAGACCUAUAAGGAAGUCCCUGCUGCCGACAAGGACGGUGUGGACGACACUGUCUGUGAAAAAUAUGGGAUUAGCAAGGAGAAAUGGACCCAGUUUUGUCAAACCCACCGAGAUCCCUCGUGGGAGAAGUUGAUGGCUAAGAAGACAAAGAAAAAACUAGAAGAAGCUGCUCAGUCCGAAAGCACUGAGGGCAUCAUUAACUCUCCAUCUCCCAUCAGACGACACGUGAAGUGGAAGAUGGCCCACACUAAGAAAACUGGGUAG